CAUUACUAGAGCCCCAAGCCCCCAACAUUUAUCAUCCAACACCUACUACACCACAACAUUUAGCAUUCUGAAAUUAAUUACUAAGAACCAAAAUGGGUUCACUUUCUCUAUUGUGUGUUUUGGGAUUAAUACUCAUUGUGGGCAGUCAAGUUGCAAUAUCCCAAGACUCACCAGCAGACUAUGUGAACGCCCACAAUGCAGCAAGAUUUGUGAUUACCAGUGCUAAAAUUCCAAAUAUUGUUUGGGAUGAAAAAGUUGCUGCUUUUGCACAGAACUAUGCUAAUAAACGCAAGGAUUGUAAACAGAUCCCUUCAGGCAGUGGUGGCCGUUAUGGCGAGAAUAUUGCGGUGAGCACCGGCUACAAGAGUGUCAGAGAUGCAGUGAAGAUUUGGGUGGAGGAGGAGCCACACUAUGAUCACUAUAAUAACUCAUGUGUUGGUGGUGAAUGUCUUCAUUAUACCCAGGUGAUAUGGGAAAAAUCACAACGUGUUGGAUGUGGCAAAGUGAGAUGUGAUAAUGGAGGCACAUUCAUUACUUGCAAUUAUGACCCACCUGGUAACAUUGCUGGUCAAUUACCGUACUAAGUGACUCAGAUCAAUAUUUUUAUGCAGUAGUAUAUAUUUUUAUAAGUGACUUCCCUCUCUUAUUCUCUCUCACUCUAUCUCCUCAAAGAGAUCGAUCUUGGA